CCGCCGUUGAUCGCGACGCCGGCGACGCGAAUUGAAGAUGUCUUCUGCUUACGUCUACGGAUUCAAGUGCAUCGUCAUCGGGGACACAGGCGUGGGGAAGUCGUGCCUGCUGCUGCAGUUAACCGACAAGAGGUUCCGGCCGGGCCACGACCUCACCAUUGGAGUCGAAUACGGCACGCGCAUCGUCCCCGUCGACGGCAAGCCCACCAAGAUCCAGAGCUGGGACACGGCAGGGCAAGGAGCGUUCCGAUCUAUAACAAGAUCAUACUACAGAGGAGCCGCCGCCGCGGUAUUGGUUUAUGACAUCACCAGGAGGGAGACCUUUAAUCAUGUCGCAAGCUGGCUAGAAGAUGCGAAGCAGCUUGCUAGUCCCCACCUAACAAUGGUGCUCGUUGGAAACAAAUGUGACCUGAGCAAUAGGCGCUCCGUCAGCUAUGAGGAGGGUGAACGGUUUGCCAGGGAGCAUGGCAUGAUCUUUAUGGAGGCGUCGGCAAAAACUGCGCAGAAUGUUGAGGAGGCGUUCACUACUGCUGCAAGAAUAGUGAUCAAGAAAAUUAAAGAGGGAGUCAUUGAUUCUUCGGGCACCGAGAAAAGCAACUUUGCUGGGGAAGAAAGAUCUUGGUUAUCAAAAAAUGAUCUAAUCUACCUCAAAAAUAUGGGAUCAACUGCCGACAUUGACAAGGACAACAUCAUCACAGCAACUGCUGAGCAUCUUCCUGAAGAUAUUCGCCAAAUGCUGGAGGAGCGCAAGAAGAAGCGCGAUGAAGAAGAUCUGAAGGCGGGCCUUGCAAGCAUCAAAGUUGAUUGA